AUGGCAUCCAGCUAUAUGCCUCGCCUCUACCAACUUAGGGGCGUUUCUUCCGCGUUGAAACGAGUCCACUUACCCUGUACCCAUCGAGCUACACCAUGUCUCAACAAGCGAUUCGCGUCCACCGAGCCGGAACCAAUCGCAACAAUAACAAAGAAGAAUAAAAAAUCACCGCUCAGAAAAUUCAUAUUUCGAAGUUCAAUAGCUUUUGUGCUAUUCGGAGGAUACCUCUACUUCACUGAUACUCGAGCCAGCGCUCACAGAUAUAUUGCCGUCCCGAUCAUACGGUGGUUGUUUCCGGAUGCGGAAGACGCUCAUCAUGCCGGUGUCGCUGCGCUGAGGGAGCUAUAUAAGUUUGGUUUACAUUUUCGAGAACGCAGCUCUCCAGAUUUAGGUGGGAAAUUAGCCACACAGGUCUUCGGUUAUACUCUUUCCAAUCCUAUCGGAAUCUCUGGAGGAUUAGACAAACACGCAGAAAUCCCCGAUCCACUAUUUGCGCUAGGUGCAGCUGUCGUAGAAGUCGGAGGUACAACUCCAUUACCCCAAGAUGGAAACCCGAAGCCACGAGUGUUCAGAAUAGUUUCGCAAUCGGGAAUGAUUAACCGCUAUGGUUUGAACUCAAAGGGUGCCGAUCACAUGGCCAAGGUUUUGAAGCAGCGUGUCCGUGAAUUUGCCUACGCCAAUGGCUAUGGCUAUAGUGAUGCCGGCGAAGAACGCGUGUUGAAUGGCGAGGCCGGCGUACCACCCGGCAGUCUCAACGAGGGCAAAUUGCUUGCGGUCCAGGUCGCGAAAAACAAAGUCACACCGGAAUCAGACAUUGCCGCUGUCACUCGCGACUACGUGUAUUGUGUCGAUCGAGUUGCCCCGUACGCUGAUAUUGUGGUCGUGAAUGUGUCCAGUCCCAACACACCUGGUCUGCGUGGCCUCCAAGCAGCUGGCCCGUUGACUGAAAUCCUCAAGGGCGUAGUGGGAGCUGCCAAGCGUAUCGAUCGCAAGACCAAACCCUUUGUCAUGGUCAAAGUCAGCCCCGACGAGGAUUCCGAAGAGCAAGUCGAUGGUAUAUGCCACGCUGUCCGCGAGUCCGGAGUCGACGGUGUCAUUGUAGGCAACACGACGAACCGACGACCUGAACCACUACCCUAUAGAUACCCACUUUCGUCCAAGGAGGAGCAAACGAUGACUGAGACAGGUGGUUAUUCCGGACCACAACUGUUCGAACGUACAGUAGCUCUGGUCUCGCGCUAUAAGCAGAAAUUGAGUGAUGCAGGGUCACAAAAGACUAUUUUUGCGUCUGGUGGUAUCACCAAUGGAAAACAAGCGCAAGCUGUUCUUGAUGCCGGUGCGUCUGUUGCUAUGAUGUAUACGGCUAUCACGUUCGGUGGAAUAGGUACCGUUACACGAGUGAAGAAUGAGCUUCGUCAGGAAAGGAGUCUGUAG